ACGUUAUACUCAAACAACUCAGAGUGUACCUUUUUCAACCUUUGUUUUUGUCUCUUGAAAUUGUCAUGUAAAAGUUUUGAAUUCUCUAAUAACCUCUGCUUCCUCUCCUUCUCCGUCGACUCUUAUUUUUUCUUCCUUGUAUUAAUAAUAUAAACUCAGCCCAUAUUCGCAUAUUUCUUUGCCUCGGUUUCUUCGCUGUUGGCCUAUAUAAACUCAAGGUCAGUUUUUUCGUGUACCCAACAAGGCGAACAACCACUUUUCUCUUAGCAUUUCGUUUUUGGUUUCUGGGUUGUUGAUUUUAAGGUCUGGUUUCAUUUUGUUCGUCAUUUUUGUCCCCUUUUUUGGAUUGAUGUUGUCCUGAAACUUCAUUGUUUAUUUGCUUUAUGGAAGAGAAGCCCAUGUGGGUAAUGUUAAAUUUGAGUCUUUAAUUGGGGAAACCUUUUGAUUCUUGGAUCUGUCAGAUUAUUUUUCAAUAUAGGGUGUUUGAUAAUUAAUGCUUUUAUGAUCAACUUCCCGGCUGCCAAAAAACUUGUCCUUUUUUCUUUUUUUUUUUCUCUCAAAGAAAUAACUUUCCUAGUGUUCACUGAUGGGGUAGUUAUCCUAGAGAGAAUGGCCAAUGCUAUGUUGCACCAAACAGUUGGAACUCUUCAGCUUCUCAGCAAUUCUGGAACUCAUUGGGAAGUUGGGAAUAAUUCAGUAAGGUUGUUUCCCAAAAGUUUUAAGUUGGAAGUUGGGAUCUCAAAGAGAGGAACUUAUAGUUCUGGAGAGAGGAAAUUCAGUGUUAUUCAAGCGUCAGCUUCUCAAACCUCUGUUUAUAAUCCUGUUUUAUCUACCUCUGAUAAUGGCACCCACGAAUCUCGCAAGAAAUCAAAUGAAGCAGCUUUGAUACUGGUUCGCCACGGUGAAUCAUUGUGGAAUGAGAAGAACCUGUUUACGGGUUGUGUUGAUGUGCCAUUAACCAAGAAGGGAGUGGAAGAGGCAAUUGAAGCUGGCAAGAGAAUCAGCAACAUACCUGUCGACAUGAUAUAUACAUCAGCGCUAAUUCGUGCACAGAUGACUGCUAUGCUAGCCAUGACUCAGCACCGCCGCAAGAAGGUGCCAAUUAUCAUGCAUAAUGAGAGUGAGCAAGCAAAGGCAUGGAGUCAAAUAUACAGUGAAGAAACCAUGAAGCAAUCAAUUCCUGUUAUAGCAGCUUGGCAAUUGAAUGAAAGAAUGUAUGGAGAAUUACAAGGUCUCAAUAAACAGGAAACUGCAGAUAGAUUUGGGAAGGAAAAAGUUCAUGAGUGGCGUAGAAGUUAUGAUAUACCUCCACCCAAUGGCGAGAGUUUGGAAAUGUGUGCUCAAAGAGCUGUUGCUUAUUUUAAAGAUAAUAUUGAACCCCAACUUCUAUCUGGAAAGAAUGUCAUGAUUGCUGCCCAUGGGAAUUCACUAAGGUCCAUUAUUAUGUAUCUUGACAAAUUAACCUCCCAGGAGGUUAUCAGUUUAGAACUAUCAACUGGGAUGCCUAUGCUUUACAUUUUUAAAGAGGGGAAGUUCAUUAGGAGGGGAAGUCCUGUAGCACCAACAGAAGCUGGAGUCUAUGCUUAUACUAGGAGGCUGGCUCAAUACAGGCAGAAAUUAGAUGAGAUGUUGCAUUGACAUGUCCUUUAAGUAUAGGGGCUUUUCUUGCAUUACCAUAGAUGUCUAUGAUUGAAUUGGUCAUAACGUUGGACCCAUAGCCCAAAAGGCUAGCUGCUGGUCCCAGUUGAUUUUUCGUAUGGGUGCGCCAACCUACUAGUUGCAAGUCCCUGCCUACGUCCUUAUAAUUCUGGUUAGGUUUGUCUGUGUCAAAGAUUGUGAACAUUCAAACCCUGUAACAGAUAUGCAGCAAUAGGAAUUUUUUUUUAUCCAGGUUUUACUGUGCUUUUUAAAUGAUUUCGGUCAUAUGUCCUUGUAUUGAGAAAAUAUGGACUGAAAUUUUUCGUUUUAAUAGAAUUUGUUUGGGGUGGUGCCAUUUGUAACAAGUUUAUCAGUCCCUUUCUCUCUUUCUAUCUCUCUCUGGAUAGACGUAAAGUAAGAUAGCAUUAUUCCAAAUGCCAAGGAAACCUCGAAGAAAAUUUGCAUGCUUAACCCAUUACACUAAGAGUGGAUAGGAGUUUCUUUUGAUCGGUGAACGAAGCUCAUUUCGGGAUGAAAUGCCAACAAUUUCCGUUUAAAAUCAGUGUCAUUUAGGUAUGAGAUGCCCACCUAAGCCCUUCAAAAAGGGAGCUCUUAACAUCCGUGGCCCUGCCUGUGUAAGGCCAAUGCCCCUUCGGAGAGUGAAGAAACAAAGGGGAAGAAAGGGCCAUUUGUCGAAGCCCCGUCUCCCAUGUGAAGGUGAAACGGCGGAAACAGACAAUCUCAAUUCAAUUUUCUUGUCACAGACCAUAUCA